AAGGGCCACAUCAUCAGUGAUGAAGAUCAGCCUCAUGUCAACUUAAUAGUUGAUGAGUAAAUCAGCCAUGUGAGAAACAAACACAUUCCAAGUUCUAGAAUGUAACAUAAUUUUUUUAAUUAAAAAAAAAAUUAUUCAUAACAUCACUGACAUCAGAAAUUUUUACAUAUAUUUUUCCAGCUAGAUAUUGCUAUUCACCUUUUACUGUAAUACUGUAAUACUUUUUUUAAAGGGAUAUUAAAGGCAAGUAAUGUUCCUGUUUUUUUAUUAUUCAACAGAUGAAUCUUUAUUUGGCGACCAGAAAUCUGCUUUAAAAAAAUAAAAUGAGUAACUCUCUCUUUCACAGAAAAAUUUAAUAUUAAAAAAAACCAAAAAAACAAUUGCAUUUUAAACUUAACAAAUGCUAUUUGGUGGAAAAUGGCUACAUGGUGCUUUCUAAGCGGUUUCAUACGUAGGCUCCAAUGUGGUCUUUUAGCUUACGAUAAAAGAUUGACAGCUGAACUAAAAUGCAGCAAAUAUAAGAUUUUCUUAAACAGAGUAAAUUCUUGGGGAAUUGUUGGUCUUCAAGGGCAUAUGCUGCAUACUUCACACACAAAUCUGGGAGCUAAGAAACCAUUUCAACUACAGAAAAGAGUAAGAUAUGAUUUGUUGGGAUUUUCUUUUUUAACAUAACUAAAUUUGCCUUAUUUUAACUAUAAUAACUCAUAUUAAACAGUGUUGAUGUAAAAAAAAUAAUUUAAUUAAAGAAUAAGCAAAGUAAAAAGAUGUAAUCUUUAUUGCAGAAUCCUUUGAAGAUUAACAAGGGUAUUAAACUUGAAAGGGCUUAUGUUCAUUUAGAUAUGACAAUAGCAGAACUCGCUCAAGCAACAAAUAGAUCUAUAGGUGAGUAUAGUGUGGACUAUAGACUGUUGUUUUUACAGAGAAUGUUGUUUUUUUAAAGAUUAAAAAAUUAUAAUAUCCAGACGUAACUUUUAAUUUGAAACUUUGUUUAAAAUUUUCAAUUUUUUCACUGAUGCCCCAGAAUAUUAGAUUAGGUGUCUAACAAAAACUUCAAUUUACUUUAGAAGUGCAUGUGGGUGUUGUUGUUUGUUUUUUGUUUUGCCAACUAUGCUAGCAAUGUUGCUUUCAGCCAUGCUAGCAAUGUCGCUUCAUGCCAGGUGAAUGAUGUUGCUUUAAGCCAUGUUAGCCAUGUUGCUUCAGCAGCAGAGGGGUAUUCAAUAAUGGAAUAAAGAAGACAAGCUGAAAUUUGUCUGGUCUAGUUUCCUAAGGUUGGAUCUCUGAAAGCAAAAGUGCCAGCAUCACUUCUUGCCUGAUGAUUGCCAUAUAAUUAAUGAAAAUAUCAGAAGACCUUUAAUUGUACAUAGAUUAUUAGACCAAAUGUUUACUUACUAUUCUUACACAAAGUAUGUCCAAUAAACGCAAAUUUCUUUCUCACCGCAAAGGUUUUAAAAAAAAAUGUUAAUUUUUACAUACAAAAUCUUGUCUAAUAAUUUUUUGUCAAACUUUUGUUUUAGCAACUUAAAAAAAGUUAUUGACUAUUAUUAAUUCAAUUACACUGUUUGUGUUUUGUAACUCCGCUCUUUAUACUUUAUACAUUCAAGUAUUUAAAUGGACACUCAUCAAAUCUUGCAGAAUUCAUGCCUGAAAUGUAACUCUGAAUAUUACUUACUGUUUUUUUUUAAUGAUCAAGUUACAUUUAUUUUUCAUAAUAAUACUCACCUGUGUUAAAAUUUAAAUGUUCCAUGAAUUCCAUGCUUGAUGUAUUUGGAUAAAAUGUUACACUUUUCAGAUAACAUAUAUGAAGUUCUCAUGUACAUACCCAACACAGAGGCCUAUGACCAUGAUGAUGCAGGUAAGCUAUUCAAGAAUGACUUUAUAUCAUGUUUUUUCAAUGGCCUUCGUUUGUGUUACAAGUUUAAUCUGUUCUAAUCACGUAUGGAAAUUAUAAUUAUUUAAGAUUAAUUUUUCUUUGUUUCAAUGAAAUAUGGAAAAAGAUUAAAAUUUUACAUGCAAUUUUUGAGGCAAUUUUGGAGAAAAUUGUUGCUGCCCUAUCUUCUACCAGACAUGCAGCCAGUACUUGCAUUUGUAAACAUGUAUUUGUAAACAUAUAUUUGUAAACAUAUAUUUGUAAGCAUGGGCAAUAGGCCUUUAAGCAGGCAUUUCUUUAAGUUUUAUAUAAUUUUUGCCGCCCCCCCCCCCCCCUUUCCCAGAAAAAAAUAUAAAUAGGUAAAAACAAAAUAAAUUAACCUGGAUCAUUUGAAUGCACUGCACAAUAAUGGUGAAUGGCAGUGAUUGAUUUAAGUGCACACCCUAUUGAAAUACGAAAGAAAAAUUAUUAAAAAAAUAUAACCCUGUUGUGAAAAAGAAAAGAUAGAAUGUGACGCUUCACAGUAGAGCAGACCGGUUUAACAACAUGGAAAUAACCAUUCAAAAACUUCAGAGGAGUUGGUCACUGCAAACCAGUUUAGUGAAGUCUUGACGGCUGAGGAAAAAUUAUAAUAUGUCUUGAGUCUUGUCUGUGUGGUGCCAUUGUUUAUGUAAACACUGAUAAUGGCACCAAAAAGAAGAAGAAAAAAAUUGUGAUGUGUCUGUGUGUUUGUGUGGGGGGGGGGGGAAUUGUCUGGUAUGUAACCAUAUGUGGUGCUAUCUCAUUAAGACAUCAAAUAUUACAUUAACACCAACUAGCUUUAUACCUAAAUGUGGUGUGUCGGUGUGUUUGUGGGGGGGGGGGGGCAUUGUCUGGUAUGUAACCAUAUGUGGUGCUAUCUCAUUAAGACAUCAAAUAUUACAUUAACACCAACUAGCUUUAUACCUAAUAUUUAAAAUGUAUUUACUGUAUAUACUCGUCUAUAACUAUAAGUCGAUCUCGUCUUUAAGUCGAGGGCAGUUUUUUUCCAACAAUUAUGAAAUAUGCUAUGACUGGUGGAUAAGUCAAAGGUAUAACUAUAGGCUAAUGAAAUUCUUUAAUUGUUAUAACUUUGUCAGACUUACCUAAAUGAUGGCCAGUGUAUUAUUGACUGUACUGUAAACUAAAUGAUAGCCAGUGUAUGAUUGACUGCAUUGUAAACUAAAUGAUGGCCAGUGUAUGACUGACUGCACUGUAAACUAAAUGAGGGCCAGUGUAUGAUUGACUGCACUGUAAACUAAAUGAGGGCCAGUGUAUGAUUGACUGCACUGUAUGCUAAAUGACUGCACUGUAUACUAAAUGAUGGCCUGUGUAUGAUUGACUGCAUUGUAAACUAAAUGGUGGCCUGUGUAUGAUUGACUCAUUACACCAGAUACAUGAGUUCACAUUUUGCAGACUACAUAUUAACGACAUGUCUCAAAAAGCUAUCGGUAAGAACACUACCGAUAACUGGACAUUGCCCAGCAUUCAGCAUACAAAACUCUAUAGAAACUAUUACUACCGGUAACUGGACAUUGCCAAGCAUUCAGCAUACAAAACUCUAUAGAAACUAUCACUGAUCUGAGGAUAAGUCGUCACGGUGUUUUAAAAUGAAGUUUGCGACAAAAAUUUCUCGACUUCGACUUAUAUCUCACACGAGUAUAUACGGUACUAUAACUGUGAUAGUGAUUACCAGUACUCAACGAAAUGGCAGAUUAAGCAGAUGACUUGUUAUCUUUUGUGCAACCCUCACUAUGUGUAAAGACCUGUUUUGAAGAUAACUGCAACCCUCACUAUGUGUAAAGACCUGUUUUGAAGAUAACUGCAACCCUCACUAUGUGUAAAGACCUGUUUUGAAGAUAACUGCAACCCUCAAUAUGAGUCAAGACCUGUUUUGAAGAUAACUGUGCAACCCUCAAUAUGAGUCAAGACCUGUUUUGAAGAUAACUGCAACCCUCAAUAUGAGUCAAGACCUGUUUAGAAGAUAACUGUGCAACCCUCACUAUGUGUAAAGACCUGUUUUGAAGAUAACUGCAACCCUCACUAUGUGUAAAGACCUGUUUUGAAGAUAACUGCAACCCUCACUAUGUGUAAAGACCUGUUUUGAAGAUAACUGAAUCCAUAAUGCAGUUAAAGAGAUAUUUUUAAACAAAUUAAAAUAGAAGACAUAAUUUUUGUAACAUUGCUUCGUGUCUCAAGAUCAUUUCAACAGAUUGUCCUUUUUCUCUGCAGUUCUUGAUCGCAGUGUGCUGGUGAAUGUUGUGAAAAAAUUGGGCAUGGUGCCUGAGUUAGUGGGCAGGAAACCCCAGAAAGAGGAAGAAGCUAAAGAUUUUGUCAAACAGUGGGUUACAAUUUGUUUCAUAUCAUUUUUUACAAAUAUUAGUGAAAUAAGAAAUGUAUUACAAUAAUAUAAGAAUCCUUGUUUGAAAUUAUUCUGGCAAUAUAUUAUGUGAUACAUCUCAAACAUUGAGGUGUUGAUGGCUUUGCGGUGUCUAAAAACGUAUUUUUUAGGUACCGGUAUUAAAAUUUUCAUCUAAAUCUAAGUAGACAUCUGGGGGGAAAAUGCAUUUCCAAGAAAUUGCAUGUAAAUUAAAUUUUAACAAUUACCUUGACUACAAAUCUCAAAGAACUUUUUUGAAGCUAUCCAAGUCUCAUUUAUGGGUCAAAAAUAUUCUUUUAAGUUUUUUGUUUUUAACUUAAAUAUAUAAAUAUAUAUCCUUUGUGUAUUGUUUCAUAUCUUCAAACCCCACAACAGGCCCCCGCCAGACCAGAGUGUUCUCGUUAAACGACCCCCGGUUGUUACUAUCAUGGGUCAUGUCGACCACGGCAAGACAACGCUGCUUGAUAAACUGAGAAAUUCCAACAUUGUGGACAAGGAAUUCGGUGGCAUCACACAGCAUAUUGGUGCUUUUAAAGGUCAAUAUUCAGUGUUUAUAAUCCGUUCACUGUGUGGUGUCAUAGGUGGCUUAAAGACAUUUUUCCGUUUUUAUUUGUAAUUUAAAACAUUCGGGAAAACAUAAACAAAUAUCAAAUAAAGCUAAUAUUAUUUUUUAAAAAAUUAAAUUAUAAAUAAUGGCUGUUUUUUGUUGUUUUUUUUCUAAAAACCACAAACCAAAAGGUUAAUGAUACAAUAAGUUUAAACAAUUUUUUGCAUUAUCUUGAGAAAAAAAAAUAAUUUAAUUUUCAAAGUAUUGGCAUAUCCUUAAAAUAUUUAAUGUACAAUAUUGAAUUUUUAUAUGAUUGUAACGUUUCGUGUUAGUGUAUUUGCAAACUGGGGAGGCCAUUUGUUUUUUGGACACGCCUGGCCACGCUGCUUUCAGUGCUAUGAGAUCAAGGGGCGCACACCUGACAGACAUCAUUGUUCUUGUGGUGGCGGCCGAUGACGGUGUUAUGCAGCAAACGCUGGAAUCCAUUCAGCAUGCACAAGAAGCACAAGGUUAUUAAAAUUAUAUUUUACAUUGGAUAAUUUCUGAUAAACUUUUUCUAAAAUAUUUUUUAAAUAAAAAAAAAAAUAUUUUUUUGUUAACUUUGUAUAUUUUCAGUUUAUACCAAAAAAAUUAAAUUAGUGUCCACUGCACCAAUGUGAUUGUGCGUGGCGCAAGUUUAGUGGAAUUUAAACAAGACUAUUUAAUCAUUUAUUUUCUUUUUAAUCAUUUUCACUUGCUUGAAUUCCACAGUGCCCAUCAUAGUUGCUAUUAAUAAAAUAGACAAGAACAAUGCUGAUGUGGUAAGUUGUUUUUAUUUACUUAACCUUAUCAACAUUCUAUUGGGGGAAAAGGGUUUGUCUCCCAUAAAGUACGGUAUUUUACAGCAUAUAAUGCGAUCCACGAGUAAUUGCCAAACUAUUUGUUUGAAGAGAAAAAAGCUCCUUAAAAUGUCAUGUUCACCUAGAAUGCUGCGCUGUGUUAAUCUUGUCCAUAAUACAUCAAUACCAAUUAAGGAAAGAGAUAUUGAUGUGCGAUAACCAUGUCAAAAAGAUCCUUAUUUUUAUUAAAAUAAUAUUGAAAUGUCAGUGCUGAGAUGUGCACUUCUAUAAAAGCUUGCCGUCAUGUCAGUGCCGAGAUGUGCACUGCUAUAAAAGCUUGCAGUCAUGUCAGUGCAGAGAUGUGCCUUGCUAUAAAAGCUUGUCGUCAUGACAGUGCCGAGAUGUGUGGUGCCUUAAAACAUUUUUAAUGACUAAAUUAUUUGAAAGGGGCUUUAGUUUAAAAGCAAAGAAAAUAUAAGUUUAUUCGUCCUGAUUUAAGAUGUACUUUAUAACUCCAAGGGGUUUCUAUAGAGGAGUUCUCAAAUUUCUUAUAUUGAACAAAAUUUCCUUCCAAUUAAACCGUUUCCUUUAUUAUCAGCCGAGAACCAAGCAAAUGCUGCUGGAACACCAGAUACACCUCGAGGAGUUUGGUGGUGAUGUUCAGGCGGUCCCCAUUUCAGCCUUAAAGGUUGUCCUUGUUUAUUUUUUUCCCAAAUUAUUUCUAUAUUCACAUAUAUUUAAAUUCGUUUUUUGUUAGUUUUCGUAUAGAUUAAUAUAAAGUUCAGUCUUAAUAACAGUGUUUGAAACAAAAUUGCGGAGAUAAAGCGUGAAUCCGUAAUACAUUUUAUAUUUCAGGGCACAAAUCUAGCAGAACUCCAAGAGGCUAUUGUGACGCAGGCUGAGUUAAUGAAUUUGAAGGGAGAUCCUGUCGGGCUGGUAGAAGGACGAGUAGUGGAAGCAAGGCUUGAUGAAAAAAGAGGGUUUGUUUCAUUUUUUAAAUAAAAGAUAACAUUUUUGUAUAGAUCUGGCAUUUCUUAUUUGAAAAUGUCCCCCCCAAAAUAUAGAAGAUUUUUUUGUUUUUUAAAUGGAAUCUCAACAUUUUUCAGUCGUUUGGUGACUGCAGUAAUUCAACGAGGCACUUUAAAGCGAGGAGAUCUCCUGAUUGCCGGGACAGCUUGGGCAAAGGUAGAAUAGCUCCAGUGGUGUUGUUUUAAAACAUGUAUUACUGUGACUGAUGUUGGUCAAGCCAACCCCCCUCUCCCCCUUUUCCCUAAACCCUCAAAGCACACCUGCAAUUGGUUAAGUGUAUUUUAGCCGUAGGAUCCAAGUCACACAAUUAUUGUGAAAUAUUUCCAUUUUAAUCUCUUUAAAUAUCAACAAAGGGUUUAUUCCCUACCGUUGGAGAACGCAGUUAUGCUAAGAACUAGACUCAAAGCAAUUAUAAAUUUAAAGGAAAGUAAAAUAAAAAUUGGGCUUGAAUAUUACAUUUAAAUAUGUUCGUUCAUGAGAGCACUAUUUGGUUGGUGGAUAGUCCAGGGAACCUGAUAAAUUAUCCCGUGCUCACGAAUGUAAAAUCUUGACUUGAAAAGCAAUUACAUUGUUGUUGUUGUUGUUUUUUUGAGCAACUUUUGAAUACUAGUAAAGAUGGUCCCGCAGGGGCAGUUGAUUAUUACUCUAAAAUAAGGGUCUUUACUCAUGUAUUUCCCUUUAAUACAAAAUGCUCAUGAGUUCGGGUAUUACCAUAUCAUCAUUUUCUUUUUAUUAUUUAUUGAAACUGGGAUGUGAGUCUUUACUGAAACUCUCCAGGUGAGAGCGAUGUUUGAUGACCUGGGAAACCCCGUUCAAGCUGCACCGCCCAGCACACCGGUUGAAAUUCUUGGCUGGAAGGAAACUCCAUCAGCUGGGGAGGAAAUUCUGCAGAUCAAAAAAGAGGUUUGUAUUUGAAAAUUUGAUUUUGUCUAAAUUAAGAGAAACAUCCUUUGGUUAAUUUUGUCACACUUAAGUAAGAUUUUAUAGCUUUAAUUAUUUGUUACUUAACUGGUUUAUGCUGUUAAAAUGAGUUUUUUAAAAAUGUCUUUCUGUCUCAUGCAUACUUACAGUCAGAACUUAAGACAGUGCUAGCUUGGAGAGAAAAGCAAGAGAUGAAGAAAAAACAAGAGGGAGAUUACUCUGUCAUUUCAGAAAAACGGGACGCCCACAACAAAGAAUACAGAGAAGCUCUGAUCGCAAGGAGACUUGCAGGGCAGCACAAAACUAGAAUGACAGGAAUGAGAACCAAGGAGGAUCCAGAUAAAGACGACGAGAUUCAGUUCUCCAUGGUACUCAAAGGUAGGUAGUAAAAUAUAAUCUGAAAUCAUCACUUUCAAGUCCCAAGUUUAUUUAUAGCCAUGUUUUCAAUUGAAUGUUUUAGUGUCUCAGUUUCAUUGGUUAAUUUUUUAAGUACCGUAAAUACUAAAAAAAAAGGUGAUUCUGUGAGUGCUACCUAAUGGACAAAUACCAUAAUUAAGAGAAUAUAAUAGAUAUAUAUCAAAAUUUAGUCUUAAAUGUAAUGGGUUAAAGGUUAUGUAUUUUUGAGACAAUUUUGUAUUUGUUGUGUGUGUUGUGUCAACUUGGAAAGCAACAUAUGCUGACUUUAGAAUAGUUUACUUUAGGGCACUGGUGUGUUUCACUAUUGGGCACUGGUGUGUUUCACUUUAGGGCACUGGUGUGUUUCACUGUAGGGCACUGGUGUUUCACUGUAGGGCACUGGUGUGUUUCACUGUAGGGCACUGGUGUGUUUCACUUCAGGGCACUGGUGUCAUGGUGUGUUUAUGUUUUCCUUUAAAAAAUCAUUGCUGAAUGUAUAUUGAUAGGGGAUGUUGAUGGCUCUGUGGAUGCUAUCCUAGACACGUUGGACACAUACAGAUCUAAGAAAUGUCAGCUGGAUAUUGUUCAUUUUGGUGUUGGUGCAGUGACAGAAUCAGACAUUGAAAUGGCGGCAGCAUUUGGCGGUAAAAACAAAUGAAUUUUAAGCAGCUAAGUUUUCCCCCUUACCCUAACAUCAACUGAUGAAGCAUCAUAUUUUUUAGGUUUGAGAGACCUAUCUGUUCUUGAAUAAAUAAAAAAUUACACUAAAGAAAUCGUAUAUUCUAAUGUGUUUUAUAUGUUCUAAGUAUUUCUUUAUUAACAGUAGCAAAUUAUUUCUUUGUAAUUUCCUUACUCAUAGAUAUAUAUUUAAAAAAAUAGUGGAAAGGAAUGUCAUAACGUCAUGUUAAUUACUGGGGAAAAAAAUUGUUUAAUCAAAGAGCUUUUAAUUAACUACCUGUAUUUUGUACUGAAGAAGGGUUACCGGAAAUUUGAUCUAAAGAAAUUUCGUCGACGGUAAAUUGAUAGACGGAAAUUUGAUCGAACGGAAAUUUGGUCGGACCUUUUUUUCAGUUCAGAUGUUAAAAUUUUUGUCGAAUUUCUUUUUCAACGCAUUAUACUAUAUUGCUAAACAAAAAAAAAGCGUUUGAAAAAAAAAUUUAAGCAAAGGUUUUAACGUAAAAACUGAAAAAAGUUUUGACAAAAUUUCCGUUCGAUCAAAUUACCAUCGAUCAAUUUACAGUCGACGAAAUUUCUUUCCAUCAAAUUUCCGGAUAAGGUAUUUUGUACUGAAGAAGAGCUCAUGAUAAAAUUUAUUUUGAGAUAUAGGCCUCGUUGGCAUUUUUUUAAAAAGUGUUUUGUUUAUAUUGAAAUCUUUCAAUGAGCAAUUUGUUUUGACUGGUUAACUACCGGAUUGAAAAACCCGCUUUGGCCGAAUUAAAUUUAGGUCACAUUUUCUCAUUUUAGGUGUAUGUACAAAUUCAGCUGCAGUUUUCUUAAUUAUAAACAUAUUCUAAUGAUUAAUAAACCAUUGUGUCGGUAAUCUAAGUGUCUAUAAGAUAAACUUAAAACAUUUAUAAAGUUAAGUUUUGUUAGGAAAUUAUUAAUUGCUUAAUUAGGAUUUACAACAGAAAAAAAUUUUAAAAUUUAUAAAUUUUCCAACUUACAAAAAACUUACAGAUAAAAUUUAAAUUUCCAAAAUCAUUUAAAACCUUUUAUUUGGUGGUUUCCCAGAGUAUAUCCAAUAAUAAGAAAUAUGCACCAAAGUACACAGAAAUUGAAUAAUAUUUACACUUCCAAUCACUAAUAUGUCUUUAGUAACCCUGUCACUUGUUGCCACUGUAAACAAGUAGUACGAUUUUUUAACUAGCUUGGAAAUUAAAUCAAAAUAAAUUAAUAGCUUGUUUUUUAAAAUAUUCUGCAGAUAACAUGCGGUUUGAAUAAAAAGAUCCUGUCGGUAAAUUGAAAUCUCGGAGCAAAGCGGGAACGGAAUAAUAUAAAUAUUUGACUUGAUUUACUACGAUACAAACCUUGGCGCUACCAGUGGCUUGUGGCUGUAACGAAACAAACGCCGAGCCGCUCCCAGUUAAACUAUAUAUUUUUGUCUGCAAAGAUCACUUUAUCAUUUUUAUAUUGCCAUUAUGAACUAAAAACUGAGAUUCCUUAAUAAUUUCAGCUGAAAUUUUUGCUUUCAAUGUCGGAGUCCUAGAAAAGGCAUCGGUUCUUGCAAAGUCAAAAGGAGUGAAGAUAAAAAAACAUAACAUCAUCUAUCGUUUGUUUGAAGACCUUAUCAGUGAACUGAAUAAAAGAUUGCCAAAAAUACAGGAGGAUGUUGUAACAGGUUUGAGAUCUUUUAAAAAACUUUGUAUUCACUUGUAAGUGUCCGUAAUAUAACCCAUAUACUUAAGUAUGACAGUUGAUUCACUUUUUAGGCUUCAUUUCCAUUGGAUUAAUUAUAAUCUUACACUACACAUACAGAAAUUAAAAUAUUUUGUUAAGCUUGAUUUCCAUUUUAUUAACUUUCUUACAGGUAAAGAAAUGAAACAAUUAUUUUUUAAGGUUCAUUUCUAUUGUAUUAAUUAAGUUUCUUAUUCGUACACAUACAGAAAUGAAACAAUUAUUUGUUCCAGGAGAGGCCAAAGUCCUACAAGUUUUCCAAAUCAAACUUCCCAACAAAGCCAAAACUUAUGUGGCAGGAUGUCGCUGUGUUCAUGGAGCCAUGAGCAAGAAGCUUGGUGUCAAGGUCAUACGUGAUAAUGAAACUGUUUACACAGGUUAGCCAUCAACACUUCCAGGGCUCUCAAUCUGUUAUACAUGUGUUUAAACUUUACCUUAAAUAGAAGUCCGCAACCACUUUUUGAGAUAUAAAAAUUAGAUCUGCAUAGAAAAUAUUUUGCGAGCCCAAUGUCAUUAUAGAUCAGUAAUAUCAAAAAAUGGGAACCACAGGUUGGCAACCUUUGCAUUAAGUGGACCAGUCAAUGCUUUACCAAAGCUUGUAUAAUAGUCUUCUUUCUGUAGGAAAGGGAAUAUCUAAAUCUAUAUUAAUUUACUUUAGGAAAGGUAAUAUGUACAAAUAUAUUAUUUUAUUAAAAGUUGUAUAAUUGUCUUCUUUCUGUAGGAAAGGUAAUAUCUAUCAAGCACUACAAAGAUGAAGUGGACAGUGUUAAGAAAGAGCAAGAAUGUGGCAUUUGCAUAGAUGAUCCUGAAUUUGUAUUUCAACUGCAAGACGCAAUAGUUUCCUACGAACUUAAAUACACCGACCAAGAGAUAGACUGGGACCCUGGCUUUUUACAAUAGUUUGAAUUCAUGUCAAUAAAUUAGUGAUGCUCUCGCUACAGAGUCUUUUUU